AUGGCAAACUCUAAUAUAGUCUAUUAGCUAUUUUUCAGUGUGCUUUUGAGUAGAAAAUCGCUUAAUUAUUUUUUACCAUUUUUGAGCUUCCAAAACCAUUAAAAACUCUAAAAAAGUCUAAAACCCAAUAGAUACCUAGCAGAAGUGCAACUUUUCAUCAGCUGCAGAAAACUCAAAGACAUGGACACUUUCAGCAAGUCUGAUCCCUUCGUCGAAGUCUACGAAAAAAACAGCACGACAAACAAAUGAAAAAGAGUCGACAGGACCGAAGUGAUAUGAAAUAACCUCAAUCCUGAUUUCGUCAAAAGCUUUAAAUUUCCUUUUCAAUUUGAAGAGCAAAAAUAUUUUCAGUUUAAAGUCUACCACGCUGGCGACGACAAUGCAAAGAUCGAAAAUGAUAAUUUCAUUGGAGAAGCUGAGUGCUCACUGGGAGAAAUCAUAGGCUCUCAAGGCCAGCAGCUUAUAAAAACUUUAAAACUUCCAGGAAAACACGAGAGCAGAGGAAAUAUUAUAUUAAGAACUGAAGAAGUCAGCGCUAAUAAAGAUAUGGUUUGUAUUGAAAUGGGUGCUAGAGGCCUUAAAGAUAUAUCAAGCCUAUUCGGGACUUUUAAGCCAUUUUUCUGUAUAUCUAAAGCUAUGGAAAAUGGUGCUUAUCAAAGAGUUUAUAUGUCGGAAUACAAAAAAGGUAGAAAUGUGUCAUGAAAUAAAAUUGAAAAAUCUUUACAGGACAUUUGUACAGGGGAUUUAGAUAGACCACUUUUAUUUGAGGUUUACGAUCAUCACAAAAGCGGAAAUCACAAAAAAUUCGGGGCUGCCCAAGUAAGUAUAAAAAGUAUGACUGAAGGUUCAGAAAAAUCUUUCCAGCUUAAAGAUUCAUUUGUAGACAAAAAAAGUGGAAGAUGUGCAUCCAGACGAGGCAAAAAAGAGGAAAAAACUGUCGGGACUAUGGUAGUAAGAUCUUUGGACAUCGUAAAAGUCCACAGCUUUAUUGACUAUAUUGCAGGAGGAUGCCAAAUCUCGCUUAUCGUGGCUAUUGAUUUUACAGCUUCUAAUAUGGAUCCAAGAGACCCCCAGUCUUUGCACUAUCUAAAUCCAAAUAAUAUGUUCAACCAAUACCAAUCCGCCUUAUUUUCUGUAGGAGAAAUCUUACUGAAUUAUGACAGUGAUAAGCUCGUUCCAUUUUAUGGCUUCGGCGCUAAGCUAAAUGGAGCCAUAAAUCACUGUUUCCCUAUAAAUUUCAACAACUCAGACCCAAAUGUCCAAGGUCUCGACGGUUUAAUGCACUCCUACAGUGAAGUCCUAAAUGUAAUUGAGUUCUCAGGCCCUACUCUCUUUGCCCAGGUAAUCCAAAAAGCAGUCCUUGAAGCUGAAAGGGCUCAAGUCCAUCAGGGAAAUCAGCAAUAUUUUGUACUUUUAAUUUUGACUGACGGAGAAAUCCAUGAUAUGCGGGCCACAAUUGACUGAAUUGUAAGGGGCUCUGCGUCGCCCAUAUCAAUUGUAAUUGUAGGGAUUGGGAAUGACAGUUUUUCUAAUAUGGUUGUAUUGGACGCAGAUGAAGAGCCUUUAAUUGAUUCUAAUGGUAAACGGAUGGAAAGGGAUAUUGUGCAGUUUGUGCCUUUUAGGGAGGUAGGAAAUUCGCCUGUUUCACUGGCUAGAGAAGUUUUGGACGAAAUUCCGAGAGAAAUUGUGAACUUUUUUAAUAAAAAAGGGAUUUUUCCAAAUCCGCCGGUCAGUGCGCCGGAGUUUGAUUUUAGUAGAAGUUAUAGUACGGAAAGGCAGGGGAUUGCAGUGGAAGAUGUGACCUUUCAGGUAGGCGGGAACCAGCAGUCACUUCCACAGAAUAUAUAUCCUUACAACCCGAAUACUGUGAAUUUUGGAAGAGCAGUUGUAGGCAGACAAUUGAGCAGCCAUAAUAGUCGUAAUUAA